AAGUCCCUCUUGGUUGCUGUGACAGGUAGGUCACUUGGUCAGGAAGCCAGGAACUACAUCUGUCAGUCAGGGGUCUGGGGCCCCAGGUUAGAUCUUGCCCCAGAACCUCAGGGGUCUUCUGAGCAUCAGCACUUGGAGAGCUCUGGCUGGAGCCAGUAGAGCUCAGAGAAAAGGGGUUGGGGGUGUGGGGGGGGAAGUGGGGGCUACACGUUCAGGUCUCUACCCUGCCUUUACCUCAUUCCAGCUCCCUCGGGUUCCCUGGGGGCCAGAAGAAGAAAGGGCGACCCGAGCCAGGACACUCCCUGCGUUUCCCUCUCUCCCUAAGGCGAGCUGGGUCUCCGCCCCGCCACCCCCGGAGCGGUGUCCGGCGGUGGCAGGGUCCUCCCGAGGCCCGGCCUGCGUGCGCCCGCGGCACCCUCCCUCCUCCUCCUCCGUCCCCUCCGCGCCGGCAGCGAUGACAUCAUUCCUCCCUGACUCCCGGAGCGCGCACCGGCGGCGGGGACCGGCGCCCGGCGGGGACCCGGAGCACGUAGGCCCAGGAUGCCGGGUGGGCCUCGGCGGCUCCCGCGGCUCCGCCCCCUGCCUCCCCGGCGGCUCCCGCAUCCGCGCCCCCUGACGCUCCAUCCUCGCCGUGGCGCUCCCCGCACCCGGGCUACGAGCGUCAACGUGAGCAAAGGAGCCAGGAAGAGAGAUGAAGAUUCAGGCACUGAAUUGGGAGAAGGAACAGACGAAUGGGCCCAAUCCAAAACCAUCGUUAGACCCCCUGACCAGCUGGAGUUGACGGAUGCGGAGCUAAAGGAGGAGUUUACCCGCAUCCUGACGGCUAACAAUCCACACGCGCCCCAGAACAUUGUCAGGUACAGCUUCAAAGAAGGCACCUACAAGGUCAUUGGUACUGUGAACCAAAUGGCAGUGCACUUCAGCCAGGUCGGGAACCUGGUCCCCAAAGACUCAGACGAAGGCCGGCGGCAGCACUUCCGUGACGAGAUGGCGGCAGGUUCUGAGGGGUCUAUCAAGGUGAUGAUUUCAGAAACCGAGAACCUCGAAGAAGAGGAGGAGCCAAGAGAGGCAGAAAUUGGCAGCCAAACAAACGCCGAGGUGACGGAAGCCAUCAUCGAAGAGGAGCUGCUGACGCCCAGGCAGCCGCUGGAACGCAAGCUCACCAACAAGUUCAACUUCAGCGAGAGGGCCUCGCAGACCUUCAACAGCCAGAUGCGGAACCGGGAAUGCCAGAUGGAGCCCCCUCCCAGGACAAACUUUUCAGCCACAGCCAAUCAGUGGGAAAUUUACGAUGCUUACAUGGAGGAGCUGGAGAAGCAGGAAAAAACCAAAGAGAAGGAGAAGACAAAGACUCCAGUAUCUAAAAAGGCGGGAGAGAAGGCUAAGAGGAAGAUGGCCUCCAUGGAGUCUCAGAGCGAUGACAUCACCAAAGUGGCACAAGCCGCAAAAAUCGUGGAACGGAUGGUCAACCAGAACACGUACGAUGACGUUGCUCAAGAUUUUAAAUAUUACGAGGAUGCUGCGGACGAGUACCGGGACCAGGAGGGGACCCUGCUGCCACUCUGGAAGUUCCAAAACGACAAAGCCAAGCGCCUGGCCGUCACCGCCCUCUGCUGGAAUCCCAAGUACAAGGAUCUGUUUGCAGUGGGGCACGGCUCCUAUGACUUCAUGAAGCAGAGCCGGGGCAUGCUGCUGCUGUACAGCAUGAAGAACCCCAGCUUCCCCGAGUUCGCCUUCAGCAGCGAGAGCGGCAUCAUGUGUCUGGACAUGCACAAGGACCACCCGUACCUGGUGGUCGUGGGCCACUACGAUGGCAAUGUGGCCGUCUACAACCUCAAGAAGCCCCAAUCCCAGCCCUCCUUCCGCAGCUCGGCCAAAUCAGGCAAACACACGGACCCUGUGUGGCAGGUCAAGUGGCAGAAAGACGACAUGGACAACAACCUGAACUUCUUCUCCGUGUCCUCUGACGGCAGGAUCGUGUCUUGGACACUUGUGAAGAGCGAGCUGGUGCACACGGACGUCAUCAAGCUGAAGGUCCAGGGCAAUGGCUCGGAAAGCCUGGAGGGCCUGCAGCUGCACACAAUGGGCUGUGGCACCGCCUUUGACUUCCACAAAGAGAUCGACUACCUGUUCAUAGUGGGCACGGAGGAGGGCAAGAUCUAUAAGUGCUCGAAAUCCUACUCCAGUGAGUACCUUGACAUCUUUGAUGCCCACAACAUGACAGUGGACGCCCUGAGCUGGAACCCGUACCACACCAAGGUCUUCCUGUCCUGCAGCUCUGACUGGACAGUGAAGAUCUGGGACCACACCGUCAAGACCCCGAUGUUCAUCUAUGACCUCAAUGCUGCCGUGGGGGACGUGGCCUGGGCCCCCUACUCUUCCACGGUGUUUGCAGCCGUCACCACCAACGGGAAAGUUCACGUGUUUGACUUGUCUGUUAACAAGUAUGAAGCCAUCUGCAGCCAGCCCGUGGUGGCCAAAAAGAAGAACAAGAUCACACACGUGCAGUUCAACCCUAUCCACCCUAUCAUCAUCGUGGGUGAUGACCGCGGGCACAUCAUCUGCCUCAAGCUCUCCCCCAACCUUCGCAAGAUGCCCAAGGAGAAGAAGGGGCAAGAAGUGCAAAAGGGUCCUGCGGUGGAGAUCGCCAAAUUUGACAAACUGCUGAACCUGGUGAGGGAAGUGAAGACCAAGAGCUGACAUCUGACCUGUCCCUCCCACUUAAUCUCCUGGUACUUGUUGCCCUAACCCAGCCCCCAGGCCCUGACUGAGCCCCCCAGUAUGUGACCCCAUUCGUGGUCAGGUCGUGCCUUGGUCACCCUGUCCCAAUACCUUUCCCAGGAACCUCCCCCCCACCAUGACCCACCCCCUCCUCUGCACAAAUAAAUUCAU